CACGCCAGAUACCCACAAAGAAGAGGAGAAAAAGGCCUGCGAGGCACAGCCAGGGGGCUCAGGGAGCCAGUGUCAGGUUUCAAACCCAGCCAGCCAUUCAGAGCACUGCGAUGUCGGGGACCCGCCUUGGGCUCCUGGUCUCUAUCCUGUGCUGGGUAGUCAGAGCCUAUCCCAACACCUCCCCGCUGCUCGGCUCCAGCUGGGGUGGCCUGACCCACCUGUACACGGCCACUGGCAGGAACAGCUACCACCUGCAGAUCCACAAGGACGGCCAUGUGGAUGGCACACCCCAUCAGACCAUCUACAGUGCCCUGAUGAUCAGAUCAGAGGAUGCUGGCUUUGUGGUGAUAACAGGUGUGAUGAGCAGGAGGUACCUCUGUAUGGACUUCAGAGGCAACAUCUUUGGAUCCCACCUCUUCAGCCCGGAGAGCUGCAGGUUCCGACAGCGGACGCUGGAAAACGGCUACGACGUGUACCACUCCCCGCAGCACCAAUUCCUCGUCAGCCUGGGCCAGGCCAAGAGAGCCUUCCUGCCGGGCACCAACCCGCCGCCCUACUCCCAGUUCCUGUCCCGGAGGAACGAGAUCCCCCUCAUCCACUUCAACACCCCCAGGCCGCGGCGGCACACGCGCAGUGCCGAGGAUAUGGAGCGCGACCCCCUGAACGUGCUGAAGCCCAGGCCCCGCAUGACCCCCGCCCCGGCCUCCUGCUCCCAGGAGCUCCCGAGCGCCGAGGACAACAGUGUGGUGGCCAGCGACCCAUUAGGGGUGCUCAGAAGCAGCCGGGUGAACGCGCACGCGGGGGGGAUGGGCGUGGACAGGUGCCGCCCCUUCCCCAAGUUCAUCUAGGGAAACCAGAAAGGAGUCCUUUCCCAGCAGUCUUUCCGAAGAAAACUAAACUUUUCGGAGCUUUUCGGAGGGACGUGCGCCCUCCGCAGUCCAGGGAAGGGGAAGGUGGGGAUGAAGUGGGCAGUUAGCGGCUUCUCCCCAUUCACCGGGAGGUCCCCCGAGAAUGUACCUUUGAGGCCUGAGUCAUGGCGCUUUCACCGCCUUCCCCACCCCACCUAUACCACCUUUCCGAACUCUGAAGCCCAGAAAGAUAAACUAGAAGUUUCGCCUUCAUUAAGGAGAGAGGGAUUCCCACCGCGACCACCACCCUUCCCCCAACCACCCGGGGCAGUUUUUCUUCCCUAUGCCUCUCUUCUUCAUCAGUCUAGCAUUAAAAACCAAGCAAUGGCUUAACGAGUUCACCACUUCGAGGUGAAGGGAAGAGCCAAUACCAGUAGCGUCUCCACUGCUCCUUACGUUUGUGUCACCUGCC